AGUCGUUGGAUUACGUUAUUAUCACAGAAUCUACUAUUAAUACAGAAGAGGAAUUACAAACAUUGGAAGCAAAAUUAAUUAACCGUGAUCAAAACCAUGAAUUUAGAUUGUUGAAAUUACAAUAUAGUCAAUGGGUAGAGAUAUAAAACAUUCAAUUAAACGUAUUAACACGUGGCAUACCAAAUUGGAUGUUCUGGCUAAAUACUCUAGUUUAACUACUUUUUGGAUAUUACACAUAUUUAUUUAUCUACUACAAUAAAUUCAAAUAUUCGAUUUCUGUCUAUCACCAAUAACAUUAGAUUUACAACUUGUAGGUAGUGUACGUUCUGAUGAACAUGAUAAUCGAAGUACAAGAACUGGCACUAGUGCAUUGGAUAGAUACCUACUUACAUCGUCAUGGUUAUAAAAAAAAGGUGUCAUUCAAAACAAACCACGGUGAAGUCAAUCCAUGUCGUAAAAGUUGGGAUAAUAAAACUGAUCUGGUUCGUGAUCAAUUGGAUAGUGAAUAUUCUAAUCGCAAUGGACUAUCAAGAAAUAAUGGUCGCCGACUUAAAACUUCUAAAAUCAAUAAUACACCCAUGGAUAUGGAUGUGAAUUCAUGCAAUAGGUCUUCUCCUGAAAGAAAUCUUAAAAUCGGAAAUUCACGGUCUUUGAAAAAAAGCAGUACUGGGUGGUACACAGUAUUUGUGCCAAAUGUUGAAGAUAAUGUCGAAGUCUUGCAAAUAAUACAAACGCAUAUCAAACCAGUUACACUAUAUCCAUAUAUUGAUUGUAUGCUAUUUCUAUACUAG